CUCGAUCGCCGCAGUGGCCAAUCAAAAGCUAGACCUCAUCUGGCCGUGUUUAGGGUGGCGUUUGGUGGCUCGUUGCUUCAGAGCGGAAUACGGCGUUAAAAUUCAAGAUGCAGUUCAUGCUUCUGUUCAGUCGACAAGGCAAGCUCAGGCUCCAGAAAUGGUACGUGCCUUUGUCUGAUAAGGAGAAAAAGAAGAUCACCAGAGAGUUGGUGCAGACGGUCCUGGCUCGAAAGCCCAAAAUGUGCAGCUUCCUGGAGUGGCGAGACCUUAAGAUAGUGUAUAAGAGAUAUGCCAGCUUGUACUUCUGCUGUGCCAUAGAGGACCAGGACAACGAGCUCAUCACGCUGGAGAUCAUACACAGAUAUGUGGAGCUGCUGGAUAAAUACUUUGGCAGUGUUUGUGAGCUCGACAUCAUUUUCAACUUUGAGAAGGCCUACUUCAUUCUGGAUGAAUUCUUACUGGGCGGGGAAGCUCAGGAGACGUCCAAGAAGAAUGUGCUGAAGGCCAUCGAGCAGGCCGACCUGCUACAGGAGGAUGCCAAAGAAGCGGAGACCCCGCGCAGCGUGCUGGAGGAAAUUGGACUGACAUAAACAUUGUCCCCAUCAGCAUCCUCUCACCACGCACUCCCUCAUCUGCAAGUUACUCCGUAUGUAGCUGACGACAACUCACCUUUGAACACACGCAAACGCAUACACAAACACACACUGACAUGGUUUCCCUGUGGAUUUGGGUCCCACAACUCUGCCUUUUUUCUACGUACUUAUUUAUUUUAUUUUUUUUAAAUGGUGUAGCACUGUUUAUGUAUUCCCUGCUAUGUUCAUUUGUUCAGUAUGACGACAGCCACUGUUACUAACACUGAAAUGCAGCAUCAUUUAGCCUCAUGCUGCUUUCAAACCAACAUCAAGAUGCUGUAUCGAGUGACCAAAGCUGAUGUUUAUCCUGUGAAGUAGGAAUUUCAAAUAAGUUGGUCAAACAUAUACAGACUAGGCUAUGUUGUAAAGGGAGGUCAAAUGUAUUACAUUAACAAGCCAAAGAGUUGUUUUUUCUCUCUCACCUUUUUUUCCUUAACACUGUUCUGAGAAGAAAGUCUUUGUCAUUUACACUGUUUCCACUGAACUUACACCACUUUAAUGUCUACACUGGAACGACUGAACCGGCUUGAAAGCAGAAAAUAUAUGCGAAAUAAUGAGUAUUCUCAGUUUACAUGGCAUUAUAACUAAUUAGUCUGACUGUAUGGUCUGUUGGUUUAAAGUGGAAGAUCCCACUUAAUGUUUAACGCCUUAAUCACUGGUCAGUUGAUGUCUAUAUUUGAAAAGAGAGAAUAUGUCGCUGUUAUAUAACAGAUGCUUUUGCAUGCCGGGUACAUCAGCUGAACAGAUGUUAUGUGCUAUGUGCAAGACCUGAGUUCACUGUUCUCUUUCUUCAUGUUUACAGCUGUGAUUCUUUGAUUUUAGUGGAAACAUUUCACUGAAUUAAAAAUGCAGCAACCAAUGUCAGUCGGAGAAAACAGUUAGUAUUGCGGAACUUCAAUUUGAGCAACAUUUCUUUAACUUGAAGCAGAAUUAGUUUACUUUUGGCCACAAGGUGGUGAAGACCAAAAAAGGUUAUUGUUUUAUCAAGAUGUCAAGUAAAUAUGAUUAUUUUUAUCAGAUUCCUGUUAAUAUUCUCUGCCUUGUAAGAGAGUUAAUAGGUGCUUAUUGCAGUUUCCAAUAAAUGAAUCUAAGCUAUCAGAUAAAAGGGACUAACCCUAAUUAAAACCCUGUAGAAUGUUGGGUUUCUUACUAACUGUCAUCUCAAUCACAAUAUGCAUGUUAAUUUGAUUUAAUGGUUUUAUAAAGACGUGGAUAAACUUUACACUGAAUUUAAUUCAAGGUUGUUUUUAAGACUCGGAGGUGAAUAAGUGGUAAUGAACAGUCAUAGUCAUCCGUGUGAAUCAUAGAGAACAGUGUCCAGCAUGACAUUGGCAGAGGCAUCUCUGACUACGUGUUACAAAGGCAUUUUCCCUCACUGUUCCUAUUCAGACCUCUUUGUAGCUUGUAAGCACUGCACAAGCACCUAAUUGACUCUCCAUCACUCACAGGUUAGCUUUAUUAGCUUGACCGUCUUGUCAUUCACUUUAGCUCAUUUCACCGUGUCUCCACCUGACUGCAGCCUGAGCAGAGGUCUAAUUAGGAAGACUAAUUGAAAGCUAAGUGAGUGUUUUCAAAGCCUGCUCUGUGGAAGCCCUCUUCGCUGUGUAGCCCACGAUGUACUUAUUUAGCAUAAAGUCAGGUCAGGAUAGCCACAUGUGGCGCACUGUACAGCAUGUAAACUACCUAUGUAUUACUGUUACUUGAAAAAAAAAAAGUGCUGUAGUGUUUAUGCAUAAAAUAGCAAUAGUAUCAUAAAUACUUAUAGCGUAUUAUUUUUUUUUUAUACCACACAUAUAGAUACAUGUUAAAUGCCAUGGACACUUGACUGUACAAAUAUCAACAACUGUCAUUAUCUUGCACUGUGUACGUUGCUUUAAACCAAACUUCUUUAAUUCAUCAAGGCCAUUUCACAAGUUCCUAUCUGUGUGUAACCUCACGUGAGUAUUCUCAUUUAUAAUUGAUAGUGUGCUGUUUACCGCAUCUCGAAAGGGUGACUGAUAACAUCUAUGUCAUUCUGUAUCGUGCAUCAGGUGAAAUAUACAGUAGCUACAGCAUGAGUGCAGCAGAACCUGCCUGUGUAUUACAUAACUGGACUUGUUGUUUGCUGUUGUCCUCUUUUGUCUGGAAGGAACAAAAGAGGAAGGUCAUGUUUUCUUGUCAAGUUCAGCAAUAAAGAGCACCCCAGGGGAGGAGAGACUGUACUGCCGUAAA